ACAGUAGCCAUCCCUGUCAUGGCUCCAAAGAAGGGUGUAAAGCUCCCAGUUGCUCCGAAGAAGAAGCAGGAGAAGGUUGUGAACCCCUUGUUCGAGAAGCGUCCCAAGCAAUUUGGCAUCGGUGGAGCGUUGCCGCCUAAGAAGGAUCUGACCAGGUUCGUGAGAUGGCCUCAGGUUGUCUGUAUCCAGAGGAAGAGACGCAUUCUCAAGCAGCGUUUGAAGGUCCCACCUGCCCUCAACCAGUUCUCUAAGACCCUUGAUAAGAACCUUGCUACAAAUCUUUUCAAGAUGCUCCUGAAAUACAGACCUGAGGACAAGGCUGCAAAGAAGGAGAGACUUUUGAAAAGAGCCCAGGCUGAGACUGAAGGGAAAACUCCAGAAACAAAAAAAAAACUAUUGUUGUCAAGUUUGGGCUUAAGCAUGUCACUUAUCUUAUUGAGCAGAACAAGGCACAACUAGUUGUCAUUGCACAUGAUGUAGAUCCCAUUGAAGUGGUGGUCUGGCUUCCAGCUUUGUGUAGGAAGAUGGAAAUUCCUUACUGCAUUGUGAAGGGAAAAGCAAGAUUGGGCGCAAUUGUACACCAAAAGACGGCAUCCGUUUUAUGCCUUACCACAGUGAAGAAUGAAGACAAGUUGGAGUUAUCCAAAAUAUUGGAGGCUAUAAAGGCUAACUUCAAUGACAAAUAUGAGGAAAAUCGCAAAAAAAAUGGGGUGGUGGUGUCAUGGGUUCAAAAUCUCAGGCAAAGACCAAGGCCA